UCGUGAUUUCUCUAUUUCCAUUGGCUGUGCUGAUUGCACAAUGGGCAGCCGUAGUCUUUCUAACUACUGUCGAGUUUCGUCUGUGGACCUAAGGAGGUUAGCUCGAAGCCGAAAAUGUCUGAGCCCACUGUGGCAGAUACUCGUCGGUUAAACUCCAAACCUCAGGACCUUACGGAUGCAUACGGCCCCCCGAGUAACUUUCUUGAAAUUGACGUGUAUGACCCACAGACAGUCGGUGUAGGCCGGAACCGUUUCACCACCUAUGAAGUGCGGAUGCGGACAAACCUUCCAAUCUUUAAGCUGAAAGAGUCUUGUGUGCGAAGACGAUACAGUGAUUUUGAGUGGUUAAAAAAUGAGUUGGAGCGAGACAGCAAGAUCGUAGUGCCCCCUCUGCCUGGCAAAGCCUUGAAGAGACAGCUGCCCUUCCGGGGAGAUGAGGGUAUCUUUGAGGAGUCCUUCAUCGAGGAGCGGCGGGUCGGCCUGGAACAGUUCAUAAACAGAAUUGCUGGCCAUCCCUUGGCCCAGAAUGAGCGUUGCCUACACAUGUUCCUGCAGGAGGAGAGCAUCGAUCGGAAUUACAUCCCCGGAAAAGUGUGAAUAAACCUCAGUGAUGCAGAUGUGGUGCACAACCCAGAACUUGGCCAUCACAAUAAAGCCCAAACUACCCCCCGUCCCCACAGGUGACCCCCACCAACCUGACCCAGCUGACUCCACCUCUGUAUCUCCAUGUAAAUAAGGUGUAUAUUUAUACAUAUAUAAACAGGGAUGUUGCCAUAAAGCUCUAAUAAUGUGUCAGCAGACCUGCAGUCAGGAUGGGAUGAGAGCAACAUUGACUGACAUCUACAGGGGGAAAUGUGCAUUUUUUCCAGAAUCUUCACAAAAAAAACUUGAGCUUUCAUAAACCUGAUUAUUUCAUACCUGCUCUUCUGUCAUGACAUUGUGGCUGGCACAUUCAGCCUUUAUUUCCACACCCCUUCAUCUAUACUCCCACUGACCAAACUACCCCGCGGGUGUUGCUGUCGCACUCUUUUACUCUCCUGCAGACAGGAUCCAUUUCUGCACUGGACUUGAAGAGUCCCUCCAUCUCUUCUCCCUCUAUUCUGUGCUUCUCUCUGAAUUUACCCUGCUCAAGGACCAUCUCUUUGACUAAUUUUGGCCACACAUACAUGUGUUUGUGACUCAGAGCAGUAUGCAUGGGCUUUCAAAUUAUAUCAGUUCAUUUGAACCAUGGAAGAAAUAAAGAUGUGAUACAUUACACUUUAAGCAUGACCACAUGCCCAUCGUUAGCUCUUUGUUUUCUGUGCAUUUCACCCAGCAUUGUAUUCCCUGGCGCUGGUAGGGCGCAAUGGAAGAGCAUGAGGAUUGAAAUGGCUAUGUUUCCAUUGGAGUGCUGAAGCAUAAUUAACCGAAACAGUGCACGGUUUAAGCCCCAUUGAUUAUUUCAAUGUAAUCCUUAAAUUGAUAAUGAUAUAAUUUAGGUACAGGUUUGAACUUAAACCCCUAAAACUGAUUGUUCUAAUCCUGAUGUUAAUACUACAGUUUCACUGUGAUGUCAUGGCCUAGCGGAAAUGCAGAAACUGAAAUUACUGAAUGUGAAUGCCUUGUAAAUUGGAUCAAACAGCAGUCCAGAGCUGCUGCUUAAGUUUGUUAAGGCUGUGUGAUUCACGUAAUUAGAAAAUUAAAUUCUACCUCGAAGAACUGGACACAGAUGAGUCUCAAUUUAUCUCAUAAGGUUAGCUUUACCCCCUCGGACAUCUCUCUCCCAGUGAAAAUGUCGGCUGUCACAUUUGUGCCAUGGAAACACACCCAGCACUUUCUCCCUCUUUUCGACCAUUAGACCAGUGGUUCUUAAACCAUGAGGCAAGACCCAAAUGGUCCCAGUUUGUACUGGGUGAUGAAAAGAUCAGUCGGGGGGUCAAUUAGAAAUUGGUUUUGACCUAAUAAUCCUUCACUGCUCAACAGCAAUCUAUAUUGGUGCUUUAAGUAUAUUUUGCCUCUCAGCAUGAUCGAUCUCAUUGACAAUCUGAUUUACAAUCUAUACACAAUAUUGUACAAUUAACUUUGCCAGUAAACAAAAUUAUUUGCUUUUCAUUGGUAGAUAACCAUUUGCUUUAGCAUUUCAGAAAAUUAUUAAACUGUUACAAGUAUUUUCUUGUAGAUAUUUAAUCUGUUUAAAUGAAAGUGUAUCAUUUUCUAUCCCACAUAUUGCACUUAUCUUAAUAGGCUGUGCUGGGUUUUUUAUUGGGUCUCUGAGACAAAAGGUUUAAGAAUCACUGCAUUAGACUGAUAUUCUAGGGCAUUGCCAUCCUUUACAAAUGUAGCACUAUUAAGAAUGUAAGAAAAAUAUGAUACACCAAUGACAUGGACCAUGUCUUCCUGUUCUGUACAUCCCUGUUAUGAAUUUACUCUUAACAAGCAGACUGAAUGUUUUAUAAUCACCUUGAUUUUAUUGUAUUAUUUUAUAUUAUCCUUAUAACUUAGCAACUUUCCAUAUAUGUAACUGCUGUCAAGUUUCAUCUGUGUUUUGUUUUAAUGGUGUUGUUUCAGAUCUUCUGUCAGGAAUGUCAUGUUGGAUAAUCAUGUUCAUAUUAAACCACUGUGAAAACAAAGGACUUGUCAUUGUCUACUACAA